CUUAGAUGACGUACAACACGUAGCUACAAGCUAAUGGGAAACGAACACACGAGCAGUUAGAUUAGCAGUUAAAUAAUAAGUACAUAUGUUCGUUUGUGUUGAACUUUCAGUCAGUAACAGUGUAGUAAUGCUGAAAUAAUACAGCUUUUGGUCUUAAUGGUAAUAUAGCAACAUUGCUUGUAUGCCCUCAUUACCUCAUCCGUCUCCGGCAUCCUGAUGAACAGUCGCGAUCAUUUGAUUGUUUAGGUGAAGAACUUGUUUCGGUUUCGUUAGGCAUCGGUAACUACCCUCUAAAAGAUCUUCAAGAAACCGUUUUAUUUUGGGAUUUAUUCUGAGGACAAUCUGCUGGAUCAACAUGCAGGAAGAAUAUUGUAUGACAUAAUCACUCCGCAUUUCCUGUGAGAUGUCUCUGGUUUUCCCACGACCCAACACUAGUGUCAUCGGUAAGAAGGACAAGCGACUAAUGGCUGAGGUGAACGCCUCUCCGCUCAAACACUUCGUCACUGCCAAGAAAAAGAUCAAUGGCAUCUUUGAACAGCUGGGUGCCUACAUUAAGGAAAGCUCAGCUUUUUUGGAAGAGACCUACAGCAAUGAAGAACUGGACCCUGUUACCACAGAGGAGCAGGUGGCGGAGGUCCGAGGUUACCUGUCCAAAGUGGCAGGGAUAGGGGAGGUCCUGUCUCGCAGACACAUGAAGGUGGUCUUCUUCGGCAGGACCAGUAAUGGGAAGAGCUCUGUCAUUAAUGCCAUGCUCUGGGACAAAGUUUUGCCAUCUGGAAUCGGACACACCACUAACUGCUUCCUGCGGGUGGAGGGCACUGAUGGCAAUGAGGCGUUUCUGCUCACAGAGGGAUCGGAUGAAAAAAAGAGCGUAAAAACGGUGAACCAGUUGGCUCAUGCAUUACAUCAGGAUGAGGAUUUAGACGCGGGCAGUCUGGUGUGUGUCAUGUGGCCAAAAGCAAAGUGUACACUGCUGCGAGACGACUUGGUGCUUGUGGACAGUCCUGGCAUUGAUGUCACAACAGAAUUGGACAGCUGGAUCGACAAAUUCUGCCUUGAUGCCGAUGUGUUUGUGCUGGUUGCCAACUCAGAGUCCACUUUAAUGCAAACAGAAAAAUCAUUUUUCCAUAAAGUGAAUGAGCGCCUCUCCAGCCCCAACAUCUUUGUUCUGAACAACCGCUGGGAUGCAUCGGCCAACGAGCCCGAGUACAUGGAGGAGGUGAGACGGCAACACAUGGACCGCUGCACUAGUUUUUUAGUGGAUGAACUGCGGGUGGUGGACCGUGCUCAGGCCAGCGACCGGAUCUUCUUUGUCUCUGCUAAAGAAGUUCUGCAGGCGCGUGUUCAGAAAGCCCAGGGCAUGCCUGAAACAGGUGGUGCUCUUGCUGAAGGUUUCCAAGCGAGAAUGUUUGAGUUUCAGAACUUUGAAAGACGCUUUGAGGAAUGCAUCUCACAGUCAGCGGUAAAAACUAAGUUUGAGCAGCACACAGUGAGAGCCAAGCAGAUCUCUGAAGCGCUGCGUAUGAUAAUGGACUCAACUCAUGUUGCAGCUCAAGAGCAGAGGAUACAUUGCUUAGACAUGAAGGAGGAGAAAGAGGACAGGCUGGAGUUCAUCGAUAAACAGUUGGAUCUGCUCACCCUGGAUUGCAAGACAAAAAUCAAGAAGAUCACGGAGGAGGUUGAGAAGCAGGUGUCUAACGCUAUGGCAGAGGAGAUCAGGAGACUGGCUGUGCUUGUGGAUGACUUCCACGUGGAUUUUCAUCCUACACCAGUGGUGUUGAAAGUGUAUAAGAAUGAGCUUCACAAACACAUAGAGGAUGGUCUGGGCAGGAAUAUGUCGGAAAGAUGCUCCACUGCUAUAACUGCUGCCUUACAAGCCACACAGACUGAUAUGAUUGACGGUCUGAAGCCCCUGCUGCCCAUUGGAAUUCGAGAACAGGUGGAUAAGAUUGUGCCCAGACAGUGCUUUGCCCUCAGUUACGACCUCAACUGUGACAAACUCUGCAGUGACUUCCAAGAAGAUAUCAGCUUCCACUUUUCUAUGGGCUGGACCAUGCUUGUCAACCGCUUCCUAGGUCCCAAGAAUACACGGCGCGCACUCAUGGGUUACAGUGACCAGGUUCCAAGGCCGUUGGCCAUCACUCCGGUUAGCACCAGCAUGCCUCCUUUUCCUCAGGGAGCCGUGACCCAGGAAGAGCUCAUGGUUUCCAUGGUAACAGGACUGGCAUCCCUUACAUCCAGGACAUCGAUGGGCAUUAUUGUUGUUGGAGGAGUGAUCUGGAAGGCUGUUGGCUGGAGGCUCAUUGCUCUGUCUGUGGGUCUCUAUGGGCUGUUGUACGUCUAUGAGAGACUCACUUGGACAACCAGAGCCAAGGAGCGGGCGUUCAAGAGACAGUUUGUGGAUUAUGCCAGUGAGAAACUACAGCUUAUUGUCAGUUAUACUGGAUCUAACUGCAGCCACCAAGUUCAGCAGGAGCUGGCUAGCACCUUUGCUCAGCUGUGUCAACAGGUGGAUGUGACCAGACAGCAGCUGGAAGAUGAAAUUCAUGACCUAAACAGCAAGAUCGAGCAGCUUGACUCCCUGCAGAGUAAAGCCAAGCUGCUCAGAAAUAAAGCCGGCUGGCUGGACAGUGAACUGAAUAUGUUCACCCAACAGUAUCUUCAGCAGGGUCGAUAAGAUCGCUUGUGAUCCACACCAUCAACGCUAUGUAGAGCAAGAAUCUUUUCAUUUUACUUGCUGCAAAAAAAUGUAACACUAUGCCAUGCCUAGAUACACGCAUUUGAACAUACCAAAUAUCAUUGCAUAUAUACAACGUCUUUUAUAUUUUGUUGUUAAAAAUAUGAAGUCUGGUAAUAUGCCACUUUGAAGAGCGUCCCUUGGUUGAUUUUGUUUUUGCAAGCAAGACACUGACUGCUCUUUCAGUGUUACACAGGAGUAAUUAUUUAUUCUUUAGUAAUUAUUUAUUAUUAUAUUGAGAUAAGAUGUCAUGUGACUUGACUUCUUUGUGGAUGUACAGAUUCCCAUUUCUCCGUGCCACAUGAAUUUGCAAAAAGUGAGAAAGCAUUUAAAAUGAACUCUCGCAUGCCUUGUAACUUUCUGCUUUAAUCAAUUAAUAUAUGAAAAUGAGAUGUUAUUUAAGCAAUGCGUUGUCUCCAUUCCACUCAGUUUUCAUGCAAAAUGAGAUCUAAAUGAUCUAAAAAUGUACCACAAGAGCAAGUUCUCAGUUGACCUCAUUUCCAUGGAAUUCUAAGCUUAGUGUUGCCUAGCUGAAAAUUAAGCAAAAUAAAAGAUAUACUGUCUUCUCCCAAAAAGGGGAAACAUUAAUAGAUUGUUUCGAACAUAAACCUGUUUUGUAAACAACUCUUGCUGCAAUAAAAUUCUAAAUUUUUUUGGCUUUGUUUUUGUUCUUCAUAUAAAUACUCAUCUUUUUUACUAUCAGUAUGACACAAUAAAACAGGAAAUAUGAAUUGAAUUGACAUAACUGACUUUUUGUAAGGCUAGGUACAAAUUUAAAGUAAAUCCCAUACAUUAAAAACAUGAUUUUAUCACUCCAUCAUGACAUAGAUAUACAUCUUCCUGUGGCAUAUUGGGAAAUCAGCCUGAAAAUCUGUAGUGUGUAUGUCACAUGACACAAAAAGUUUGCUUUAAAUUCUUUAAAUGCAAACAUUUCAUGUUUUCCGUGAAUUUAAUGUUAAAAUGUAUAAAUUGUACUAAUGCUUUGGUUUUAAGUUUGACUGCACUAUAGAUUAGAGGCUGAGACUGUAAAUGAGCCUUUGUUAACCAAAUGACAUGUAUGAUAUGUGGUAAUAUUUUGUAUUAUGGUUUGUGCCAACUGUUUCAGAAAGUGAUCUGGAAGGCUCUUGUGAUGUGCACUUUAUAUUUUGCUGCUUGUUUUGCAUUAAUUUCCGGCAGGUUCUUUAAAAAAGUGAAUGGUACAAUGAUUUAUGUAAAGAGUAAUGUAUAGAUAAGCAUGCUGAGGCGGUUGUAAAAUUGACUGCUAAUCACUAUUACUGUUAAAUGAAAUAAUAAAGUUGUUGAGAAGA